CCUUCUCAAAGGUCCAGUUUGAAAAAAUUUAGGCCUACUUAAAGGAGACUGGGUCUGGGACUUCUCUUCACAAAGUUUAUGAAGGUUUUAAAGUUUGGACUUUAAACAGUGUUACAGCUAUUGGAAUAAAAAUGACCAAAGGUGACACACCUUGAUAAUGGAGGACAUCAUAUAAAACAAGGUGAACUGGAAUAGUCAGAAGAUAGUUGCAUGUUUAGUUCCUUUGACUACAAAGUAUGACUAAAAAAAUCACAGUUAAAAGUUCAAGAGAACAAGAACUUCCUGAGCCAAAAACACAGGACUGUGUAUGUAUUGUAUAAGUUAACCAUGUGAAGAGAAGAAACUAAUUUUAUUUUUAUAGCAUUUUUACAGUUUAUAGCAUUUUACAUUGUUUGGGUCUAAAUAGACAGGUAUGGAUGAGAGUCAUGAUCUGCCCACGUUCUAAACAGAAUGGCUAGAAGUUAAGAGCAAUUUUGUUUCAUCAGAAUUAGAGCUAGAUGGAUGGAAUAGUCUUUUAUUCUUCUCAAAGUUGAUGCAGCUCAGACUUGUGCAGAAACCAUAUGAAAACGAAGGACAUAAAGAAUAAUCACGUAGAAUCACAUCUCCUUUUUACCUGGAAGAACCAUGUUCUGACUAACAAAACCAAGAAUCAUGAAGGUACCAUCAUGAUCUGGUUUGCUGGCAAUCCCGAUGGUUUUAACCACAAUGGCUCAAGUUGCUAUGCCAUUUCCUUACAGCUUGUUGAAUAAUCAGAUUGUUGAAUAAACCUUCGUUCUUCUCUAAGAUAAUAAUCAAAGUUGACGCACCUCAGAGUUGUGUAAGAACCUGAUAAAAAAGUAUUUGAAGGACAAUCAUCUAGAACAAGCUGAACUGGACGAGUCAGAAGCAUUCCAGUGAUUUCUGCUUUAACUGAAAAAACACUGCAAACAAAUGACUGGAUACAAGUCCAGAACAUGUUGGUAAUAAAUAAUUUUAACUGUGAAGGAUCUUUGGUUGCUAUUUUUGAUUUUCUACUCUCGGCACUGGUCUUUCUAAUAUUCUGUUUUUAUUAGUGGUCACGCUUUCCUAUUAUUGUGUGAUGUUGCAUAUUUAGAUGAACCACGCCAGAACACGUUCUCCUUCAGCUAGUGAUUAUUUUCUUUAAGAAGUUCAAGAGAGUUGAUCAGACGUGUUAAAGCUCACUGUGAAUGUGAAUCUCCAUCCACAUAAUGUAAAACCUGUGUGCAGUAGGCAACAGAGUGGACUAAAAACCUCUGCGACUUAAUCAGCUUAACCUCCACUUCGUGUUUGUACUUAACAAUGUGCUGAUCCAUCGUGUUACGUUUCUAUACAACUGCAACUUUUCUUUUUCAAAUCAUAAUUUCAUGUCCACAUGUCAGUAGUGACCAGUAUAAACAAUCACAUGUUGGAAAAAAUAUUUUCAGUGUCUCGUUUUUAAUAAAAAAGCAGUUCAUAAAAGUUAAUGCUAUUUAUUUUUUUGUCUUAUUUAUAUAAAAAUAAUAUUUUGGUCAUACAUUCGUAUUAUUUCAUCACUGUUUUAAAUACCAUCUUGGAUUUUAGUCACUGUUUAAUCAUUUCUUUUGGUACUUUAUGUAAGUGAUUUUACUGUUCAUCUGUUCUUAUUUAAGAGCUGCCGUGAGUCAGAUCUAAGUGUCAAAUUUGACCUGAUGUGAGGCUGUGAUGGCUGGAAGAAAGAACCAAUGUAGACAAACCGGUUGGUGCUCACCACAUGGUAAAAUUCCACAUGCUUGGCACAUACCACACCGGUUGGCGCUUACCACAUGGCAAGAAACUAAUUUUAUGUUUAUAGCAUUUUUACAGUUUGAGCCUACAUGGACAGGUAUGAUUAUCAUAAUUGUAAAGCAUGCAAAAAAGAUUAGAAAAGAAAAUGAACAAGCCCUCACUCAGCCAGUGAGUGACCAGCACUGUUUCUAGCCCUGCCCACAUGCCCCAGUUUUGUUCUGGAGAUAAUGAGAACAUGCAGGAAGAUGGUUAAUUUAUGGAGCUGUGCCUUCUGUUGGAAAAGAAAGGUUCUGUCUAAGUCUAGCACAUAAACUGCAUCUUUUAAUUUUGUCAUUUUGGAGGAAGUUUCCCCUUUCAGAAAAGAUUAUAAAUAGAAUCUCUUAGAAAACUGGAACUGUUGACCAUCCAAAGAACUGCUGAGGAACCUUCUAGUGAUUUGGUGUAAUGUUAAUGAUUAAACCAUUUUAGAUUUCUUUUUACAGCCAUAUUAGUGUAUCAUUACAGUUCUAUCUCUCUCCAUCUUGUUGCUACUCUUCCCAGUGCUGCAGAUGUUUUUGAGCUCUGGAGAGAAAAAAAGGACGUUUCAGGCAUGCUUUGCAUUUUUAGACCCUUUCGUGGAGCCGAGCUGGCACUUUCCUCCUCUAGCCUGCAGAAGAUUUAUUUUUUUUUAAGAAGCGAUUGUCCUUGAGAACCUGCUCAGAGACUGUGUUUGCGCUCUGUGUUUAAUCCUGAGAUGGGCUGAGGUUUCGUUCUGACAUAUAAAAUGGCCAAGUCAGGCUGGCAGAAGUGAAGCGUUUCUGCUGAGCUGUGCGUUUGUAGGACACAUUUUUUUGUCAGCACUUCUCCAGAGGAACAUCAUUCCUUAUACAUACCACAUCAUUAGCAUUUGCAUUAGCAUCUGUCUUUUAUACAUGUAUCGUAGCUGAAUAGAUUUCAGGGAUAUGAGGUUAUAACCAAUGGACUGAGAUUUCACCAGAGACUUUGCGCACACACACACACACACACACACACACACACACACAGCUGACUCUUAAAAUGGCUGCUGUCCUUGAAUCUCGAAGGACCUGCACUGCUCUUCACUUGUCACAGCAGCAAAGAUCUGGAAAAUGUCUCUCUUAUUAGUCAUUAGCAGUUAGCUAGCAUGGCACAGAGGCAGAUGUUGUUCAUGAUUAUUUUCACCUUCAAGUCCUUUGUUGUCACACACCAGAAAAACACCUUCCUUGAUGCCAUUUUGGAGGUAGAAGGUGGGGACAUAAGAUGGACAACAAAAAAUGCUGUGGCUUAGCAUUUCAGUUGUAGCUAUCGAUUUUAUUGUUAGACUGAGGGGGAACCAUCUACACAACAUGACCAUAAGUUUGUGGACACCUGACUGUCACAUCCAUAUGUGGUUCUUCCCAAAACUGUUGGAAGCCCACAAUAGUUUAUGAUGUCUUUGUAUGUAAAAUUACAAUUUCCCUUCACUGGAACUAAGGGGCCCAGACCUGUUCCAGCAUGACAAUGCCCCUGUGCACAAAGCAAGGUCCAUGAAAACAUGGUUUGCCAAGGUUGGUGUGUGAAUUUGAUUGGCCUGCAUUGAGCCCUGACCUCAACCCCACUGAACACCUUUGGGAUUAACUGCCACGCUCCCCAGGCCUCCUUGCCCAACAUCAGUGCCCAACCUCACUAAUGCUCUUGUGGCUGAAUGAACACAAAUGUACAAAUGUUCAACAAGCACAUGGGUGUGAUUUUUAGGUUUCCAGAAAUUUUUGGCCAUAUAGUAUAACCAGAAAUUACUGAUAGCUCUGCUAUUCAGUUACUGAUUAGUCAAGCUUCGUAAAAGCACGUCAACCUUUCAAAAUUACUUUAGAGGUACAAAAUCACACCAUUUGUACAUACUAGUUUGAGCUUGCUAACAAUAAAACAGUAAAAAGCACAAAAUAAAAGUUAUACAAUGUAAUCUUUCCUCCUGACUCACUGAAUGUAAAUUAUUCCAUAAAAAGAGCUCUACACACUAGAAGUUUCAAAAGGAAAGAGGGGGCUUGGUCUCUGUCCCUGUCAGUCCCUGUUAAGAAGUUGUGACCUUGGCAUGUCAGUCUCAGUGAAAGGGGUGUGGCUUCUGUAUCUGUCAGUCUCAGUGAAGUUGGCAUAGCCUUUGUACCUGUCAGUAUCAGUGGUGGAGGCGUGGCCUCUGUACUUGUCAAUCACAGUGAAGGAGGGGUAGACUCUGUGUCUGUCAGUCCCAGUCAAAGAGUUGUGACUUUUGUGUCUGUCAGUCCCAGUGAAUGGGGCGUGGUCUCUGUGCCUGUCGGUCCCAGUGAAGGUGGCAUAGCUUCUGUGCCUGCAAAUCCUAGUGAAUGCAGCAUGGCCUCUAUGUCUUAGUUCCAGUGUAAGAGACAUGCCCUCUGUACCUGUCAAUUUCACUGAAAGAGGCGUAGCCUCUGUGUCUGUCAGUCACAGUGAAGGGGGCAUGGCCUCUAAGACAGAGAGUAGUGUGUAGUGAGUGAAACUACAGUUAGUUGAUUGGAUAAAGUUUUUAAAUAAACUUUCAGAAUAAAGUUAAUGUUUCUUUGACAGAGAACACACGCAUGCGCACACACACACACGCUGUUCCACACACUGUUUUUAUUUUGUUCACAGCUCUACAUUUCCUCUGACCUUCACUCAUCACUCAGCCUUGGACCACUUGAGCACCAAGUCCUUCAUUUACUGUCCUUGACUAUAAGAAACGCUGCACUUCUGUUUAUCAGCCGUCAAGUCAGUUUGCCUCCGAGGUCUGGAGUGUGUGAGGUUCUGAAAUAAGAAUGGAUCAGUGUUUUGUUUCUACAGAUUUCAAGGCCUUCUGUGGAAUUGUAUCCUUACUCCGAAUCACAGCAAGGCUGCACAUCACACAAAACAGAAAAAUACAUUUUUAAAAGAGCUGAUGUGUGUGCAGUGCUUUAGUUCUUGUUAGCUUUAACAGUACUUUUAUUACUUUCAGUAAUUAUACUAAUUUGUAUUUGUGCUUAUGAUAAAAACUGUGAAAUUGUAUGCUGCUCAUCACUCGUACACUAUUGUACUGUAUUGUACUGUAGUAUAGAAUAAUUAUUCACAAUCUCUCCAAUUUCAGUGUAAAGACAGCGUCGCUAAUCAUGAGUAAAGCCUGCAUAAGCUACAUCUUUACCAAUCAUAAGGCGAUAGGUCACCUUUUUGUUAUAUAUACUUAUAGUUGUAUGAAAGUAUGAAAGACUCUUUAGAAAUAAAGUGUGACUAGUGCCCUUGUAUUAUUACUGAUUUAGUAUGUUAUACCACAGUGCUGUUGAAUUCUAUACUCUGAUUGGAAAGUGUUGAUUCAUUUUCUAUAACAGCAGCUCUGACAGUAGCACAGCUGCAAAUCACAGGUUUAUAUGAGGGCUGCAACAAAUAAUCAACAAAAUCAAUAAAAUUUGAUAAUAAAAAUAGUUGGCAGUGAAUUUCCUCAUGGACUGUGUUAUGAAAUAUGCAAUGUCACUUAAUUUAGACCAAAAAAACCACAUUUGGUGGAAAUGGCGGAGAACGUUCCAACAGAGCAAACCUCCUCUAACGUAUGGGAACACUUUACAGGACUCUGUGGUGUUGGCCUCAUGGCAUAGUGAGUUUUCAUGUGAGUAAUAUUUCGAUUUGUAAUCAUUUGUUAGUGGUCAGUGUGAGAAAUAGUGGAAGCGCGAUGUACCUGCUUUAACAAUGCUUAUUAGGUGUAUUGAAUUGUACUCAAUAGCUACGUUUACAUGCACAUCAGUAUUCCGAUAUUAAUCGGAAUUUGGCAAUAUUCUAAUUAGUAUUGAGUCAUGUAAAUGUCACAAUCCAAUUGCCCGAUUCGAAUUAAGACAAUAUUCUGAUUCCCCAAAUUCCGACUCCCACCCCUGGAGUAUGCCUGUUUUAAUUGGAAAUUUGUUGCAUGUAAACACCUUAUUCAGAAAAUCCACUGAAAGAGAUAUAUGCGAAUGCUCAAUCUGCAAGGAAUUGUGGGUGCUAAUAGAUGCUUAGCUGUAGGCUAGGUAUUUAGGAAUGGUAACUCAGGCAUACUUACAACAACUAUGUAUACAGGAAUAUUCCGAUGCCUGUACGCAUAUAAACAUCGUAUUCGGAAUAUGGCUGCAAUUUGAAUAUAGACCUUAAAAGGAAUUUGAUCUGCAUAUAAAUGUAGCCAUUGACUGUAUAUAUGAGCGGACAUUCUAACAGUGGUUUAAAAGUAAAGCCAAAAUGUCUCUGAGGCCUUCUAGCAGCCCAUUCCCAGGUUAGUGAAUGGAGAAGGAGCCAAACUUACAUUUUAAAUUACAGCUCCAGAUAUUAUUUUCAGGAAUAGUGUUCUGUCAUUUUCACAGGUUCAGUUGACCCAACUGUUUUUCUCUAAAAUAAAUGUGUUUUAUUGGAGUUAUUUGAUGAUAAUUAAGGGGCGUGGUUGAUGAGGUGAUUGACAGGUGUAGACAUGUCAGUCGAGCCUCAUGAACAAGCACACAGUUUUCAACAUGCACCUGAAGCUCUUGACAGUUUUGUAGCAAAGCCAUGGCUUGUUCUGCUGUAAACUGUUCUAACAGACCCUCAGCAGGGGGUUCUCUGCAGUAGUGUCGAUAAACCCUGUUUUGUUAAAUUUUCUUUGCAUUUACACAAUAUACAGUAUAUAUUAUAAUAAGUUGCCUUGAGUUCACAUAAAAUUCAAUCCCAAAAAGAGUUGAUUCACUGAUUCCAUGCAUUGAUAACUAAAAGUCAACCCCAAAGCUUUGGAGUCAAUUCCACACUCCAAAAAUGAUUCACCCCAUGCACAAACAAAAUGAAUUUAGCAUCAGAGAGUGUGAAUUGGUGAGACAGCCAGCAUAUAUUUAUUUUGCCUUUACUUGGAAUUUGUCUAGUCAGAAUUGAACAUAUGGGAGUUUGAAAUGCAGAUAAGACUCAUAGACACACAAAAAAAAAACUGUGUAGACCCAGUAAAAAAAAUGCACAGAAUACCAUCACCAUGCUUAGAUGGGGUCUUUUUUAUUUGGUUGAUAUAAGCACUUCAUAAUAUUCUCAUGCAUGGCACAGUGGAUAGCAUGCUCCUGCCAUCUCACAGCUCCAGGGUCCUGGGUUCAAUCCUGAGCUGGGUUAGUGCCUGUGAGGAGUUUCUCACAUUCUCCCCAUCUAACAAAUGAUCAGAACUGUUAGUUACAGCCCUAGUUUAUAUUAAUGGCAUCACUCUAAUACAUUACCAUUUCUAUAGUAAUAGCUCAUUCACAGGGACUUGUAUGGGAAAGGCUCCACAAAAACUGAUUAAAAGCAUGUUUAUUCAUUGCUAUGGUUUCCUGUAAGGAGAUAUUUAUUUAACAUUUAUGGAAGGAGUCUCGAGUGUCAGCGCUUUGUAACAGUCAUGAGUAAAGCUGUAACUUUAAGUUUUCCUACACAGGAAGGUCUUCAGGACAGGGAAGUGUUGUGGUUUUUCUUUCACAAAGCUCUAUGGGUUUUUUUUUUUCGUCUUAUUUAUUUCAAGAGACAGAAGGGCUGGUGAGGAAAAGAGUGUUUAUAUGACAUAGGUGAUAACACACAAAUUGCUGAUAUGACAUAGGUGAUAGCAUACACAAAUUGCUGUGGUAUAAACAGAUUAAAACACUUGGGGAUGUGCUGUUAUAGGAAAAUAAUCAACUUCGGGGUGGUAACAGUAACUCUGCUUCAUCACACCACCCCAUCACUCAGUAUAUUACUGUAACAGCACCACACAGAGUGUUUUAUUACAUACUUAAUUUGAGCUUUAAUACAUCAUUUAUGAAAUAUGUUAUUGAAGGUGCUGUAGAUUUCCUAUUUUCUUUGUAUUUAUUGCUUUACUUCAGUAAACGUGUCAGUUUUUUUUUUUUUAAGUACAGUUGUCCAUUUUUUAGUGAAAAUGUAUUGACAUGACAGAGAUUGUGUGAGAUUGCUAUUGAUUAUAUCUGGGUUCUGGGAUAAUUAUGAAACCUCUUGUUGAUUUUCCCCACAAUGCUUUGCGUUUGCAUGGCCAGCUCAGGGCUCAGCGCAGUCUUCAUUGCUCCAGAAGGACCUGAUGCAGUGUGACGAAGAUGUGCGAUGUAAAUACGGAGACACGCCGGUGUUCUCCAGCUGCGGCUUUAUCCCAAGGUCAUGAAGAAAGAGAGUGAAUCCAGACGUAAUCCCUUCUCAGCAAGUGUUCCUGGAAACAAGCCGUCUUUUGUGUCAGAAUAUAAGACUCGUCGAGCGUGAGGAGGCUUUCAGGGCCGUUUCCAUCAGUGUUGUUCAUAUCGAUCAUGAUGAAGUUGAAGUUAAGAUGCACCGGGGAUUUAAAAUAGUUGUUUCCCUGAUUUUCCAGGGAGUGUUCAGUGAUGGAGGUGCUACAGUGCGAUGGCUGUGAUUUCCGCGCAGAGUCCUGCGAUGAGCUCAAGGCUCACAUUCAGGACGUCCACACCGUUUUCCUGCAGCCUACAGAUGUUGGGAAUGAAUCACCUCAAAGGUCAAGGUCUGAUUCCUUAAACUCCUUCAGCCACACGGAGGAGGACGAUGAGGACAUCACAAAUAAUGAAUGUGAAUUUCCACACAAGGAAACAGGCCUCAACUCCUUCACCAGAGAUUCGGGGCCCUUCUCCAGUUCAAACCAAACGAUUUAUAAUCAGUCAGCCGACAAGACAACAAACCCAUUUUUUCAGUGCAAAUUUUGUGUGCGCUACUUCAGAUCAAAAUCCCUCCUCAAUGAGCAUGCUAAGAAGGUCCAUGGCAUUGAAGGAGGAGCUUAUUCAAAUGACCAUUCAAAUUCACUCGACACCUCCAAGUCAAGCUUCAACGUUACAGCACAUCAUAGCGUAGAAAAGCUGUACUCCUGUCAGUAUUGUACAUAUAAAUCUCCUCGCAGAGCGAGAAUCCUGAAGCAUCAGAGUAUGCACCACAAAGAUCAUUUUCUGGCCCAUUCAGAUUCUCCUGUUGAAGCUGAAGCUGAAACAGAGGUUCUGGACAUGGACUCAGAUGCCAUGUCUUCGGAAGAACAAUGUGAGGAAUCACAGGAUCUUACUGAACGUAACGUUUUGGAAUCCAUGAUCAAAGCCCGGUCCAGAGGUGGCUUCAGCUGUGAGUGGUGUGGCUUCCAGACCUCACAAAGACAACAGUUAUGUGAUCACAUGAUGAAGAAGCAUCGAAACAUGGUUAAGAUUAUGGUAUCACUGCAAAAGCCCAAAGCAGAUAGAAGUGCAGGAUCUUCCAAAUCAAAUUCUCCUUCAUCACCAAGAAGCACUCCAACGUCCAACUUGAUGUCGACUGAUCUAAGUGGCAAUGAAGGCUCCACAGCAUCUGUGAAAGGCAGUGCCUCAGUGAAGUCCCUAUCAGGGCUGUCACAUUUUCAGUAUUCCCAGAUUGCAGGAAAGAUUCCCAACAGCACAGGAUCUUCCAUACUGUCAGAGAGGUCGACUUUUGCCAUGUCAGACAAGUCACACUCAAGGGUAGAUCUGGAUACCAGUGUGCUGAACGAUUCACAGAGCAGCUCUGAUGAUGAACUCUGUGACGUCGAUGAUCCUGUUUACAACGACUCGUUGUGCACUGAGGAUUCUGCUAAGUUGCUUCUGUCAGAGGAGGAUAAUAAACUGCUGGAGAUGGAAGGAAUUUCAAUUGGAAGGCAUCUGAAUAUGUUCCAGUGCCCAUUCUGCUCUUUUUUGGCUAAACAUCAUAGCAGUAUCUCUCACCAUAUAGAAAACAUACACUUAACCAGCCAAACCACCUUGUACAAGUGUGAUGAGUGUACAUUUCUUUGUACGAGUUCAGUAAAACUUGCCACACAUAAGCAAUGCCACAGUGGCUCCUCUUCUGAAUGGGACAUCAUGGACCUAACCAAUGAAAGCCAAGAUGGCCAAAUUGAAGAUUCAGUCAAUGGAGGAAAUGGCAGCUCUACCAUGAAUGGCCAGAAAUCCAUCGAUGUAGAAGAAGAAAAUUCUCAUCAUUGUUCACUCUGUAAUUUUUCCACAAUGACACUGAAAGGUUUACGUGUCCACCAGCAACAUAAGCACUCAUACUGUGAUGGGAUGCAACCCACAAGUCAAGACGAUUCAUUAAAUGAGCAGCAGGAUUCUGAAUUGGAAUCAUAUGGCACAUUGAACUUUGUGCAAAAAACUCAAACGUCAAUCCUUGGAUUUUCCUCCAGAAAGCACCUUAUUGGAAAGACAGCCAGGAAAUCCAUAAAUGACUUGCCUCUGGAUCUGUCCCCAGUCAAGAAACGGACAAGAAUUGAUGAAAUUGCAAACAACCUUCAAAGUAAAAUCAGUCAGAGUCAGCAGCAAGAGGACGUUAUUAAUCUCGAUGAUAUGGAGGAUGAGGAAGAGGAAAGUGAAAAUCACAUCGAUGAGAAGAAAGAGAAAGAGAACUCUGAGAUUCAAAGUCGACGCUUCACCUAUAAUACACAGCAUUUGUACAUCAGGAAACCUGGUUUUGUUCAAACAGAGCGUGGUGUCGGCAAAAGGAAGCGUAGCUUGCAGUCCAAGUUAACAUCAAGAAACAUUCCUAUCCCAGUCACUGUCUCUGAUGAUGAGGACAGUUUUGGUGCAGAGUCUAAAGAUAUCCAAGAUCAAAGCAGUCGAGACAGCAGAGAGACGUAUCAAGAGAGCACCGAGUACACAGAGGAACCUGGUAACCUUUUCUACUGUAAACACUGUGAGUACCAAAACAAGUCUGCUCGCAGUGUUAGCACCCAUUACCAGCGUAUGCAUCCCUAUAUUAAAUUUAGCUUUAAAUACAUUCUUGAUCCAGAGGAUCAGAGUGCUGUCUUCCGUUGCCUAGAGUGUUUCAUAGAAUACAACAACUUCAGUGACUUACACCAGCACUACAUGGAUCACCAUCCAGAAGCUAGCAAUGUUCUCAACUUUAACCAACCAGAUUUGGUGUACACAUGUCGCUUCUGUUCAUACACCAGCCCAAAUGUGAGAAGUCUGAUGCCUCAUUACCAAAGAAUGCACCCCUCAGUGAAAAUCAACAACGCCAUGAUCUUCUCAAGCUACGUAGUCGAUCAGCCUCAGAAAGGAACUACAGAGUCACAGACACUGAGAGAAAUCUUGAAUUCGGGGCCCAAGAGCUUCACCAACUCUGCCUCAAGGUCUUCUUCCAGUCCUGCCCUUAAAAACCCGAUCAAAACACCUGACACAAAUAUGGACUCUGAAGCCUUUAGAGAAAUUGUCGAUGGUAACGUUGUGGUGUACAACUGUGACUUGUGCUCAUUUGCAAGCCCCAAUAUGCACUCUGUAUUGGUUCACUAUCAGAAAAAGCAUCCUGAACAGAAGGCAUCAUACUUUCGCAUACAGAAGACCAUGCGGGUCAUAUCAGUAGAUCGAGCGCAAUCAUCAACCAACUCCACAUUUACCCUGUCAAGUACUCCAAAGCCCUCAAAUGCUGUUAUGCCCUUGACUCUGGAUGACGAGCUUUACUACUGCAAACACUGUGUUUACAACAACCGAUCUGUGGUGGGCGUUCUUGUUCAUUACCAAAAGCGCCAUCCAGAAAUUAAGGUGACUGCUAAAUACAUAAAGCAUGCACCUCCUACACUUGGGUUGAUGAAGCUCAUGGAUGAGUUGCAGAUUGCACCUCCUAAACAGUUUCUGAAACAGUUAAGCACCAAUGCAUCUGAUGGAUCCAAUCAUUUGCAUCCAAAAGGAACUGCAGACAAGGGGGAGGGUGAGAUGUUGUUUUUUUGCCAGCACUGCGACUACGGGAACCGCACUGUGAAAGGAGUGUUGAUCCAUUACCAGAAGAAGCACAGAGAUGUAAAGGCAAAUGCAGAUUUGGUUCGAAGACAUACCGCUGUGGUUCGCAGUCAAAGGGAAAGGGCUCAGAUGAUCCAAACAGGAAGUUCUACAUCCACUGCAACCUCAGCCACUGAUGCAGAGAAAUCCAGAGCACUUAGAUCUUUAAAGUGCAGACACUGUGCCUACACAUCUCCCUAUGUGUAUGCCUUGAAGAAGCAUCUUAAGAAGGAUCAUCCCACUGUGAAGGCCACAGCUAUGACCAUCUUGCGCUGGGCUUAUCAAGAUGGGAUCUUGGAGGCUGGUUAUCACUGUGAAUGGUGUAUUUAUUCCCAUGCUGAGCCCAGUGGGCUGCUCAUGCAUUACCAAAGACGACACCCAGAGCACAACGUUGAUUAUGCUUAUAUGGCCAGCAAGUUGUGGGCUGGUCCUGAUACGUCCACCUCCAAGCAAGUGGGCAACUCUGAGAUAAAGCACUACCAAUGCAGAGAUUGUGCCUUUGAGGCUUGUUCUGUUUGGGACAUCACCAACCAUUACCAAGCUGUUCAUCCGUGGGCUAUCAAAGAUGACGAGUCUGUUCUCAUUGACAUUAUUAAAGGAAAUCAUACAUCAGAUAAGCUUAUGGCUGCAGUGGGAAAGGGAAAUGUCUCAACAUCCAGCCCAUUCAGUAGUCACCAGUCUGAUGAAGGCACUGUGGAGAUUAGCAGGUCGGCACCUGAACAUCAUCCCCACCUUUCCUUCUCCACCAGCUCCUCUUUAUCAAACAAUCCCUACCAGUGCACUGUGUGUCUGUCUGAGUACAAUAGCCUUCAUGGACUUCUGACUCACUAUGGCAAGAAACACCCAGGUAUGAAAGUGAAGGCUGCAGACUUUGCACAGGAAGCAGACAUCAAUCCUAGUUCAGUUUACAAGUGCAGGCACUGUCCGUAUGUAAACUCACGCAUCCAUGGGGUUCUUACACAUUACCAGAAACGGCAUCCGCUGGUCAAAGUAACAGCUGAAGACUUUGCUGAUGACAUUGAGGAGGUCAAAGAUUUGGUGCCAGAUGGAGAUGAAAGAUCAAAAAACCAGAGGCAGGGAUACGGUGCCUACAGAUGCAAGAUGUGCCCUUAUACUCAUGGAACACUUGAGAAACUGAAGAUUCAUUAUGAGAAAUAUCACAACCAGUCUGUUUCGGAUAUAUUUACGCCAACGCAUAUGCAAUCCUUGGUUAGAAAAGAGGACACUGUCGCUGAAUGCAGUGCUAGCAGUAUAACUGAAGCAUCUGACAGAUGUGAGUUUGACCUUGCCCUCUCAGAAUUUGCAAAGGGAGAGAAACAUACCGUGUUCAGAUGUCAGCUCUGCAAAUACUUCUGCUCAACCAGGAAGGGUAUCGCUCGGCACUACCGCAUCAAGCACAACAACGUACGAGCUCAGCCUGAAGGCAAGAACAAUGUCUUUAAAUGUGCCCUCUGCUCCUACACCAACCCCAUCCGGAAAGGUCUGGCUGCUCACUAUCAGAAACGGCAUGACAUCGAUGCUUACUACACACACUGUCUCGCCGCUUCCAAGACCUUGGGUGAGAAACCAAACAAAGUGACUGUACCUCUGGCUUCUGAAGAAGAUAAGUCAGCAAUGAGUGAGGAGCUGAGGCAAGCAGUUGACCGAAGGAAGUGCUCAUUGUGCUCUUUCCAAGCAUUCAGCAGGAAAAGCAUCAUCUCACACUAUGUCAAGCGCCACCCGGGGGUUUUUCCAAAAAAGCAAUCCUCCAGCAAACUUGGUCGUUACUUUACUGUGAUUUAUCCCAAGGAACCAGAGACACCAGCCGUUAUAGAGGAUGUAGAACUGGUGGAAGUAAAAUCAGAGAAUGAUGGGGAAAACAUGGAGAACAACCUAGAAUGGCCACAAUUCAAGUGCAUGAAAUGCUCUAAGCUGACCUUUGAUACCACAGACCUUCUCGUCUCACAUUAUAAUGAUUACCACAGUAAUGAGCUCAAGCGGGACUUUGUCACCAUACAGAGCCCAGUAGAGGAAGGCGCAGAGCUCUACCAAUGUGCUCACUGUGAAAUCAAGUUCCUCACUCUUCCUGAACUUAGCAUCCACCUUACGAAGCACAACGAGAAGUUUGAGAAAAGGACAGUGCUUCAUGAACGGAGGAAGCUGCUCCAGAUCAGGCGUAAAUCCACAGAGACACUGGAGACACAACCAGAAAAUAAGAUGGAUGGCUCAACUGAAAAAGCUCCUAUUGGCUAUCGAUGCAACUUUUGUGUUGAGAUUCACCCGACACUUAGAGCUAUUUGCAACCAUCUGAGGAAGCAUGUUCAGUACGGCGAAGUCAAAGAAGGACAUGUGGAGCAAGGAGUGGUGGAAACUUCUGAUGGUAUCGCCAACGGCAGUAUGGAGGAUGCGGUCACUACAGACAAUAUUACCACUGAGACAGGGAAUGACGUGUUGGUCACCAUGGCGACAGACAUCACAGAGAGAGUUCCGGAACACCAAUGCGAUAUGUGCGAUCGAGUUUUCAUGUCCAUGCAGGGACUCCGAUCUCAUGAACGAAGCCAUUCAGCCACAGCGAUGAUCAACAGAGACGACAAGUACAGUUGCCAGUAUUGUCAGUUCCAGUCAGCAUUCAGGCACAAUCUGGACCGACACGUUCAGUCUCAUCACGGACAUCAUAAACCAUUCCGCUGUAAACUCUGUCCCUUUAAAUCAGCCUACCUGAGCCGACUGAAGAGUCACCUGCACAAAUCACAUGCAGGUGAGAACACGUAUAAGUGCAUCUCAUGUCCAUUCUCGACUAUGACCAUCAGUCAGCUGAAGGAUCACUCACUGCAAGAACACGGAGAAACUCUCACACUGCCCCGACUGAGAGCCCGAGCUGCCUUGCGCAGCACACACACACUCACACACAACAGUGCACAACACACACCUAGCGACGCCACCACCAACGACACUGUGGCAUAUUUGGAGCCGCCGGAUGUUCAGCAGCAGUUGAGUCAUUACCAGUUGGCAUCUCGUAAUCAGGCCCCACCCACUCUCUUGUCGGGUUCUCCUGGCCCAUCCCCAUCGUCAGGGGCAGAGACGUUGGGUGCAGCUCUGUCCCGUCCUGACUCCACCCUAACCUGUGAAUUCUGUGAGUUCAGCUCAGGUUAUAUGCAGAGUCUGAGGAGACAUUACCGAGACCGCCACGGAGGAAAGAAACUCUUCAAGUGCAAAGACUGUUCCUUCUUCACCUGCUACAAGUCCACCUUCACCCUGCAUGUGGAGGCCGGACACAGUCCCCCCUCUGAUGAUGGACUGAGAGAACUGCGUUGUCCUUUCUGUCUCUAUCACACCAAGUCCAAGAGUCACAUGAUCGACCAUGUCCUCCUUCACCGAGAAGAGCGAGUGAUCCCUCUGGAAGUGUCUCGUUCUAAACUCUCUCGUCACCUGGACGGUUUGAUCUUCCGCUGUCAUAAGUGCACGUUCACAUGUUCAAGUGGCGACACUCUGCAGCAGCACAUCGACAAACACGAUGAACCCAAACCGUAUGAGUGUCGACUGUGUUACUAUGACACAAAACACCAGCAGCAGCUCGAGGAUCACCUCCGAGACGAACACAAGGUGAUCCGUAACUUUGAGCUGAUGGGCAGAGUGAAUCUGGACCAGCUGGAUGUUCUGAAAGAGAAAAUAAACAGUGAAGAGGAAGAGGAAGUGAAGGAGGAAGAGGAAGAAAAGGAGGAACUGGUGCCCAUUGAUGAAGAAGAGCAAACCGAGGAGGCAGGAAGAGAAGAAGAAAAAGAGAUGGAGGAGGAAGUGACAGCCACACAGGAGGAGAGUAAACAGGAAGCAGAGACAGCGGAAAUGAUGAUGGCGUGUUCUCCGAGUGCAGGGAAGAAGUUUCCAUGUGAGUUUUGUGGCCGAACUUUUUCUCUUAGUUUGGAAUGGGAACGUCAUGUUCUCCGACACGGCAUGACUGUUAACAACAACAUGAGAGCUAUGAGCCCAGUUGCCUCAGUAACAGUAACAGAUGGAGGCAUUGACCAAUCAGCUAACACUACAGAAAUUGAGAGAGUGUAUCAGUCCAGCCUGUCGGAGAGUUCUGUUCAGAAUGAGGAAGAUUGAGAGACCAAAAAUGACAUAUAGAAAUGUACUGUGUUAUAAUGGUGUACGGUUUGUUGUUGAAAAAAAAAAAAACUAGGCUGCUUCAUGGACACUUGAUUUAAAAAAGUGAGGAAAAAAGCAAAACUGUUCAUGGUUUUGAAGCAUUGUUAGAUUUUAAGUGUUAAACAUGGGUUCUAUAGGUUGUGUUACAUCCUAGCUGUGUGUUAAAUCGCUGAUCCUUUAAAAAGUGUGACUUGGUCCCAUAGGACAGAUGCUAAUAAUAUAUUGGUAACCAAUAGUGACGAAUCUGUAAGAACUCUGUUCAGGUCAAAUAAACACUUCCUGUAAGGUGACGUGUUAAAAAUGUCCCCCGUUUUACUUUCGUUCUGAAUGCUAAAUAUAUUAACAAUAAAAUGCUAAACCUAAUCAAACUUUCAAACAUGCACUGGGUAAAAUAUGAUGAAUGAUUCAUUCUACCAGAAUUGUAUUAAAGGAGCAGUUUGUGUUUCAGCACCCUCAACGCCCCAUGUUAGGGUAAUAUCAGUGAAAUUUCAUGUGAAUUUUAUCCAGAAGAUACUUAAUUGGCUUAAGUAUUGGACUGGACAUUAUGAUUGAUAAUUGUAUUUAUGAUAUUAUAUAUAUUAUAUAUAUUAAUGAUACAUUGGUCUCUAUUUUUCUCACAAAUAAAUUAAUUAUUAAUUAUAUUUCUUUUAAGUUAAUUUUUAAUUAUUAAAACUACGUAGUAUAUAAAUUUUAAUUAUGUUUUUUUUUUUUUAAAUUAAGCAAACAUUAAUGGGUAUUGGAUUGGAUUUUGUAUUAGCCACUUAAAUAUUGUCCAUAUUGUCAAAAAAAAAUUGACUGCAUUUUUAAUUUUUUUGUAAAAUUAUAUUUAAUUUAAUUAUAUUAUAUUACAAAAAAAUAGUAAGAAAUUCCUGGCUGUGUUAAACACCAAUAAACAUGUGUGUGAUAUCUUUUUAUUUAUAUAUAUUUGGCCCAUUUAUCAACAUAAAAACAGAAUUUUUAUUAUAUAUGUUCAGGACACUAAAUUACAGAUCUUAUUUUUAGCCAAUUAAAAUAUGUUAAUGUUACGGCUUCAUUUCUGUGAGCCAAAAUUCAUGUGUAUCCUUUUUAGAACCAUAAGGCUCUCUUUUAAACAGCUACAUUUCUGUCCCAGUAUAAUUGUUCCUAAUGCUAUUAGAAACACCAAAAUGACAGAUAUUCCUCAUUUUAGCUAUUUAAAUAUGAAGCUGUGAUGAUUCUGUAGCACCUGACACACAGAUCGUGUGAUUUGACCUGAACGCUGACUUACAGAUUCAAUAUUUUUUUACAUUUUUAGCCUUGUGUUAAUCUUUAAUCCUGUAGCUGAAUUCCUUCAGGAAUAGUCGCCAUCUUAUUUGUAUCAGACGUUUGUUGAUUUUAUUUUUAUUUAAUUUUUUUAGUAUAUGGACAAACACUGGGCCCCAAAGUUUUGUAGCAAAUUGCUACUGUAGUUUUAUUCUAUUUUUAAUUCUAAUUUUUAUUUCAUUUCUGCUGCUUUUAAGGCAUGUUCCUGCACUCCGUCGUGUAUGAAAGCAAAACUAAAAAAAACUGUUUAUGUGAUAACUUACAGCACCUUCAACUCCAUAGCUCCAUUUUUUUGUGCAUGAUUACAAAAAACAAGAACUGAAGAAGAGUAGCAUUUUGGGUUUAGCUAUUUUAUAUUGAGCAGCUCGUCCCAACAAGCAAUUACGACAAUAAAAUAUUGUUUUAUUUGAAUAAUUGUUUUUAUGCUUCUCCUUAAAGGAACAAUGAAUAGAUUGUAUGCGAUGAAAGUUGCUGCUCAAAAACCCUGAAGCCUUAUUAUUAUUAUUAUUAUUAUUGUUAUUAUUAUUAUUAUUAUCAUUAUUAUUAUUGAGGUCAUUUUGCUCCAUUUCUUUCCAAACACAAUCUGGUGCAGUUACAGUACAAUACAGUCACGUCCCAAAAUGAGGGAAAAACUUUUGGGCAGUGAGAUAAAUUUUGUCCUGUUCAACAGCAAUCCCAUAAAUCUCAGAGAAUUCUCAGAAUAAGUUAGAAAAUUUUUUGAAACAAAAUAUUGUAAUAAUUGACUCUGUAUUUAAUGUUUUUAUCAUAGUAUUACACAAUUACCUACAUAAUAAAAGUUUAAUUUCGGCACGUGUCUGUGCGCAAUAAAGCAAAAAUCAUUUAUAAAUAGUUUAGAAUUCAUCACUUUUUUGAUAAUGAAACAGAAAUCAUCAGGAUCUGUGACAUCACUGAUGAAAAAAAAAACCUCCUACACGAUUGUCUUUCCUGCCUUGUCUGAUUAGCGAGGAAGGAGAACCCAGCUCUAUUCUGGGUAAUCUGCUAUUUUUUUUUUUUUUUUUUUUUUUUUUUAAUUUAAACAGAAGCUUCAUGUCAAGUGUUUGGGAAUGUGGUGGGUUUUUUUUUUUUUUUUGGUGUCGUCCAUAUUUAACAAAAAAAAAAGUCGUUUUGUGUGGUUAUAGGACAUACUUUUCUUUUUCUACCUUUAAAAAAGAAAAUAAAAAAAUGUUUCUUUCUUUAUAAGCCUAAAAGUUUGUAAAAGACAGAAACCUGUUAAAUUCUGAACACACUGGAUUGUUGUACAUAUGAUUUAGAGUUUUGUUUGUUUGGUUUGGAGUUAGUUGGACAGUAGCCCCUCCAUCUCGCCUUCUUCCUGUGAAACCCGUGACGUUGACUAGAAGUUUGUUGUUUACACUUUGAUUUCUGGAUAUUCUGUAAAUAUUGUAAUUCAUCGGGUUUUUUUUAACUUGUUAAUAAAGUUAUCAGAUAACGAGAAA